GUAUAUAUAGACGGCCAGGACCUUCCUCUUCUUCCUCCUACUAGCCACCAGAAUCUUCUCAAAUGGUCAUGGCGAAGAAGAGACAGUUCCCAUCACUGCCCCAGCUAGCCAAGAUAGCCGCUCUCCUCGUCCUCUUCCUCCUUGCCCCCUUGGUGCCUUCCUCCCUGAGGUCACCCUACCUCUACCUCCUCUUCAACGCCCUCGUCGUCGCCCUGGGCGUCGAGGCUGGCUUCCUCGCCGCCAUCUCUGGCCCGCGCGACGACAAGAAGCCGUCGCCAACGGCGCCGUUGUCUUCAUCGAUGGCGGCAACGGCAUUCCGAAACUUGACCAAACCAAGUGACAGCCACGCAGCUGCCGCGGCCACCGCUCGUUACUUGGUUAGUAGCACAACUGGUACUACUAACACUCCAACCCUGCACAGCUCCCCCAACAAGCUGCUUGCAGAUGCUUUGUUGGCCAAGGACGUUUAUGCUGCGACGACGAAGAAGAAGAUCAAGAAAUGCCCGUCGAGGGCGAGCAUCUUUUUCAUCGGUAGCGUGGACGUGGACGGGGAGGACGUCGAUGAUACGGUCCAUGAGGAGGAGGAAGAGGAAGCGGGGAAGGGCGCGGGGGAGACGAUGACCAAGCAGGAGCUGUUCAUGAAGGCAGAGGAAUUCAUCGGCAACUUCUACAAGCAGCUCAUGAUGCAGAGGGAGGAGUCCUGGAAGAAGCUCCAGGACCUCUACUAUCUUAGCACUAAUCUUGAUUAGCAGUUGUUUUAGUCUUUUGUACAAGUUGGUUUGUUUGUAGUCGUUUAGUUAGUUCGAUGCAUGACUUGUUAGCAUCGGUCUGGCUUGUAGUUAGGCUAGCAGUGGUUUGCUUAGCAUGCAUGCAUGGCGUCAUAUCAGAGUGGAUGGAUCCACAGCGGCGUGAGUAGAUCAGCAUCAAGAGAAGCAGAAGAUGAGUGUAGUACAUGUAUGUAUUCUUAGAGUUAGCCUUCCACGUGUUUAUGGCUAGGAAGUGGUUGAGUCGUAGCGCACAUCUAGGAGCAGGAAGCGGUUGAGCUUUGCAAGGAUGGAUACAUACAGAGAGUGAAUGCUUGCAUGCGCACGAUGGCCUGGAAUCCUAGAGAGGUGGUCAAGUCAGAGGUCGUGGAAGUUGUGGCUUGAAAUUCGGAUGAAGCUCCCAUGCGUGUGUGCAAGUCUAGCAUGCUAGCUAGUGGCUUGUGUCUAUUUAAAGCGUGUACUUAGCAUUUGAAAAUUAAGGAGAAAGAAAGCAGAAAAGGGCACGAGCUGUGUGUUGUGUCGGAAA